AGGAUUCCAAGGGCACCCGCCGGCAGUGCCUGGCUGGGUUCCUACAAGGUCGAAGCCGGCAUCUGGCCAAGCUCAGAAGCAAAAAGACUGUAGAACCAAGCUGAUACGAACCAAGCUGGUACAUGAUCAAAAUGACCGAAAAGGCCCCAGAACCACACGUGGAAGAGGAUGACGAUGAGCUGGAUGGCAAGCUCAACUACAAACCCCCCCCACAGAAGUCCCUGAAGGAGCUUCAGGAGAUGGACAAAGAUGAUGAAAGUCUAAUUAAGUACAAGAAAACGCUCCUGGGGGACGGUCCUGUGGUAGCAGACCCAACAGCCCCCAAUGUCACUGUCACCCGCCUGACCCUCGUUUGUGAAAGUGCCCCAGGACCAAUCACCAUGGACCUCACUGGGGAUCUGGAAGCCCUUAAAAAAGAAACCUUUGUCCUAAAGGAAGGUGUUGAAUAUAGAGUCAAAAUUAACUUCAAAGUGAACAAGGAUAUUGUGUCAGGACUGAAGUAUGUUCAACACACCUACCGGACGGGGGUGAAAGUGGAUAAAGCAACAUUCAUGGUGGGCAGCUACGGGCCUCGGCCAGAGGAAUAUGAGUUUCUGACUCCAAUUGAGGAGGCCCCCAAGGGCAUGCUGGCCCGAGGCACUUACCAUAACAAGUCCUUCUUCACCGACGACGACAAGCAUGACCACCUCACCUGGGAGUGGAACCUGUCCAUUAAGAAGGACUGGACGGAAUGAGCGCCUCGGCCCUUCGCUCUGCCUAUCUUUGCCACCCAGAAGAGCCCUUGGUCCCUCCUCCCUGAUCACAGCUGGGCCCCUUCCCCAGCACCCUCCACCCUCUUAGCACUGCACCCUCUCCCACAAGGUGUCUCCCAGUGAUAGCCGAACAAGAUGCUUAAAAUUGGGCUUUCAUCCUGCCCUCCUUCUGAACAUGGCCAGAUCUCCCAAGUUCUCUGUCCCAUAGAUGAUCAUUUAAUAGUCCCUCUUUUAUUCCCAUUUGAGCAACUGGAGAUCAGAAAAUGGGCAGACUAGCACAGUCCUUCUGCCUCAGGUCCUUGUCCCUCCCUCCACUCCUGGAUUCUCCUGUGGUUACUGCUGGUUCAGUGAAGGUCUCUCAUCAUGUUCCCUGCCAACUGGGGUUUUUCUUUUCUGGGAGACACUGUAAACAGCACAAGAGAACAAGAAUAAAGCAGUUAUAACAGCUGA